AUAACGUCACAUUGAAAUCAAUAUUUUCAACUUAACAGCAUUUCCGGAUUGAAAAUGGGCUUGGAUAUUGUUGAUGUUGAUUUGCGGAAGUAAACUGUUUCAGAAAUGUUCAUAAAAUAAAAUACUAAUUGGAUACUAAUUACCAACAGAAAUGGUGUUGACAUUGUAGCAACCAGAAGGGAUGAAUAAAGAUGAUACUUUAUGGAUUGUUGUUGCGGUCUGCUGUGCUGUAUUGUUCAUCAUGACAGUACUUAUUGCCUUUAUAGCAUUUAAAAGAUUUUGUGGCAGACGUUCUGGACCACCAAGAGUAAUACGUCAAAAUGCCGAGAAUCAAAGUCCCGCAGUUAUAAUGUCUGAUAUAGAACAAAAUGACAAUAUUUCUGACCAAAGACAGGUAGAACAAUAUCAAAAUGAUGAUAAUAUGAUGCAAGAACAAGUUUUCCAAAUAUACAAUGAAUCUCCACGUCCAGAACCGUCAGCACCCCCUCUUCCACCGGAAUAUUAUAUGGAAUAUACAUGACACUAGAAUGGAGAUAAAGCUGAACAUAGAAUAUUUAACUGAUUUUUUCGAUAAAUUUCUUAGAAUGAAAACCAUUCAUAUUUGUGUCAGUUUACCGUUGAUAAUCAUGGCAUUGCUCGCUUUUUGAACAUCCAUUUUUUUUUAUUUUAAUGUAAACAUACGUUGUACAUUUAUUUGAAAAAUGUUGAAUAUCCAGUCUAAUUGUAUGUUCUUCUAUUCCGAUAUGCCAAUUUAUUAAGGCCUCGUCACAUUUGAAAUGUCUGUGAGUGACAAAAUAAAAGUUUAAAAUAAAUGAUUCUUUUCUUAGCAGAAUUAUGUUAUCAGUUACUAGUAUGUUUUAACUUAAUAUCACAAAACAACUACAUGUACUAUUAUGUUUACUUACGUGACUUGGAUGAGCCGAGGCAAAUAUUUGCAAACGUAACUAUUUAUAUAAAAUUUAUUCUUGCAUGCCAGACUGGGAUUUCUGGUGAUUUCACCGGUGCUAGAAAACUCAAUGACUCUCGUGCUGUAAAUGACGUAUAACGAACUAUAUAUGUACAGAAGAUUUGUGUAGUAAUAAAAAUGGUUUACGUAAAACGGGAUAAAAAUAAAAUACCUUUAUAGUU